UACAAUAUUCAUUCAUUGUGUCGGAGCCGAGAUAUAUAUACGCGAUCACACUUACGCGUGAAGCAAACGCGGUGUUGUGUAUACUGUGUGUAGUCAAUAUCUUUAUUCAGAUUCGUGAAUAAAAAAACAACACACCUUCGUUGCUGCACACACAGCCAAGUAACGAAAAUAAUACUCAUCAUUUCGCCAGCAUGGAAUAAUAAUCAAAUAAUAAAAAUCAUUUUUUGUGUGGAAUUUUUUUUUUGUUUGGUGAAUGUGUUUCGAAGAAUUACAUUUCGGUGUAAUCUAAGUGUGGGUGGUUAAAUUAGUAAUUGUAUUUAACCGAUAUUACAGUGUUGAAUGCGUUUAAAAAUAGACAACUUUUGAAGGAUUAAUUUUUUUUAACCUCCAAGUGACGCGAAAAAAAAUAAAAUAAAUUCAACCGUAAAACAGAAAUUCACUUUCGUCUGCGGUGUGUACAAAAAGUGGAUUUACCCAUACAAGCUGAUUCAUCAAAAUGGGUAAAGACUACUAUCGGGUAUUAGGCAUUACAAAGGGAGCUACCGAUGAGGAAAUAAAAAAAGCUUACCGGAAAUUAGCGUUACGCUACCAUCCAGACAAAAAUAAGGCUGCCGGCGCUGAGGAUAAAUUCAAAGAAAUCGCUGAAGCGUAUGAGGUUCUGUCGGAUAAAAAGAAACGGGACAUUUACGAUAAAUAUGGCGAAGAUGGUCUUAAAGGAAAUAGAGGCACAACAAAUGGGCACAGCAAUAAUACAAGUAAUUUCUCAUAUCAAUUCCACGGCGAUCCUCGUGCCACAUUUGCUCAAUUCUUCGGUUCCAGUAAUCCAUUUGCGUCUUUCUUUGAUAUGUCGGACAAUUUGUUUGAGAAAAAUGUAUUCGACAGUCUCGACACAGACACAGACUUCUUUUCACCGUUUGGUGGAUUGGGUCAACGGCAUGGAUUAGGUGGUGCAUUUAGAUCACAUUCGUUUAACGUUCAUACGCCGUUAAAAAAAGAAAAAACUCAGGAUCCACCCAUCGAACAUGACCUUUACGCGACUCUCGAAGAAAUCAACAAAGGCUGUGUGAAAAAAAUGAAAAUUUCAAGACGAAUCAUCCAGUCAGAUGGAACACCAAAGAAAGAAGACAAAUACGUUAGCAUAGCAAUAAAGCCCGGAUGGAAAUCCGGCACAAAGGUCACCUUCCAAAAAGAGGGCGAUCAAUCUAGAGGCAAAAUACCAUCGGACAUAGUGUUCAUUAUCAGGGAUAAACCGCAUUCGCUGUUCAAACGAGAAGGAAGCGAUUUAAGAUACACAGCAAGAUUAACACUGAAACAGGCUCUAUGCGGCGUUGUUUUCGAAGUGCCAACAUUGAGCGGUGAAAAGCUGAGAAUUAGCACAAUGCAAGAAGUUAUCAAACCGAAUACGGUAAAACGGAUCGCCGGCUACGGGUUACCAUUUCCGAAAGAUCCGUCGAGAAAAGGCGAUAUGCUGGUAGCUUUCGAUAUUAAAUUUCCUGAAAGACUUAGCACAUCGGAAAAGGAGUUAUUAAUUGACAUUUUGCCAGCUUAAAGGACGUACAAUUACAGUAUCCGUUUGGAAAUUUUGAGAAUUUAUAAGAAUUGUAAAAACAGAAAACAAAGUCCACAAUACAAACGCUGUUGCGUGCUGGAUGCGAUCAUUAUCAUUAUUUUUAUUUAAAUAAUUUUAAUUUUAAUUAACUCUAAUUAAUAAAAACAAAAUGUUUCCUAUGGUGCAAACAUAUGCUUUUCGUGAUCAAAUAUGUGCCUUACUUACAUUAUAGUUCGGAUUUUUUUUAUUUCGUUUUAAUUAAGUUUCGCUCUUUUUUCUAUCUCUAUUUCUCUUCUUUUCAAAUUUUUUAAUUUCUGUUUUCAUCCUUUUUGUUUUUUAUUUGGAGCACUUUAACUUUUGAACUAACAUCAACCGAUAAUUAUUUUUUACGACUUGUAUUGGCUCUACAACAAAAAAAAAUGUGUCUUGAAUCACUGUACUUAUUUAUAUAGAAUUUUAAUAAAGAAAAAAAAAUAGUGACGAAUGUAUCUGUCGAUACAUUCACAAAGUAA